AGCCGCCGGCGCGGCCGCCGCGCUCCUCCAUGGCCCGCGCGCUGCCGGGGCCGCCUCCCGGGGGCGCGCGGCGGGCGGGCACGCGCGCGGGCAGGGAGCAGUUCCGGGGCACGCGCGCGGGCAGGGAGCAGUUCCGGGGCACGCGCGCGGGCAGGGAGCAGUUCCGGGGCGCGGCCAUGGAGCAGUUCGGGCGCGACUACGCGCGGCUCUGCGCGGCGGCGGGCGCUGCCCCGCAGGAGGCCGUGCUGCGGCGCCUGCGGGAGCCCGACGGGGCGCGGGGCCGCCUGGACCUGGCGGCGCAGAGCCUCUCGCUGCAGACGUGCAGCGCGCUGGGCCGGCUGCUGCCCGGUGCUGCGCCCUUCGUCGCGCUGGCGCUCGGCGACUGCGGCCUUAGCGAGGAAGGUGUAAGACUUUUGUUGCAUGGUCUUUGCUCCAACACCACAGUCAAAUCUUUGGAUCUGAAGGGAAAUAACCUGCGAAGCAUGGGAGCUGAGGCUUUGGGAAAACUUCUUAGGCAGAACAAAUCCAUCAGGAGCUUAACCUUAGAGUGGAACAGCCUCGGCAUGUGGGAGGAGGGCUUCUCCUUUUUCUGCCAAGGACUGAGAGCAAACAACUUUCUUCAGCAUCUGGAUCUGCGCAAUAACCAGAUUAACCAUCAAGGGGCCGGAGAGCUGGCUGUGGCCCUGACACAAAAUACCAGCCUUCAGGAGCUGGAUUUGCGAUGGAAUAACGUUGGGCUUCUGGGUGGCCGAGCUUUGCUGAACUGCUUGCAUAGCAACAAGUCCCUGAAGAGGCUUGAGCUGGCAGGGAACAAUGUUCCUGGUGACAUCCUGAAAGCUGUGGAACAAGCCUUGGAUCACAACCAAGAUCGUGAGGUUAUCCUAAGUGAGGCUCAGAACCAAGUGAACAUCCUCAGCAAGGAGGUUUUGAGUCUGAAGGAUGAGAAGAACAAGCAGUUCAUGGAUUUUGUGGAUGCUGUAGACAAGCAGAAAGAAGAAAGAGCCAGGAGUGCAAAAAUGUCUGCAGCACGAGUCAGCCAGCUGCAGGAAGCAUUGGAUGAACAGUACUCCAUUAUGAAUUCACUGAAAACCAAGCUGCAGAUGACUGAAGCUGCCCUGGCUCUGUCUGAGCAGAAGGUGCACAGCUUGGGAGAGCUGCUAAAUGCUAUGAAACAAGAACAAAACUGUAUGGCUGAGUGCCACUUCAGGGAGCUCCAGCAACAAAAACAGGUGAGCUGGGAAGGUGCUGAUCGGGAAGGCAGGCUUUUGCAUGACUUGUCUGCUGCCAGUGAGAAAAAUCUGCUGCUGAGAAACCAGGUGAAUGAGUUGGAGAGGAAGUGCAAAGUUCAGCAGGACCAGCUGUUCCAGGUAAAACAAGACUUGACCAACACAACAGCAGAGCUGAAGCUGCGGGCUGUGGAGGCUGAAGAACGUCUGGAAAUGGAGAAGAGAAGAUUUAAACAAAGCCUUGAAGAUAUGGAAUCCCUUCGGAUAAAAGAGGUGGGUCGCAUGACACAGCACAUGGAGGCCAGUGAACGUUCAAUGCACAACAGGAUCCAGAGUCUGGAGGCCAUCAGGAUAUCUCUGGAGGAGGAGCUGAGCCAAGUCAAAGCAGCUGCACUAACUGAGCGAGGACAGGCAGAGGAGGAGUUAAUAAAAGUCCGGAGUCAGGCACGCUUGGAGGAGCAGCAACGACUAGAACACUUAGAAAAGAAGCUGCAGCUGAUGACUGAGUCAAGGGAUGAAGCUCAGAACUGCUGCCUUAAGCAAAAAGAAAUGGUUGUUGAGGCCCAGGCCAAAGCCAAACAGUUGAGCCUGUAUGCUGAUGGACUCAGGAGGAGGCUGGAUGAACUUCAGCAGGACCUGGACAGUAAGGAAGAGGAGAAAGUGACAGAGCUAAAUAAGGUGAAAGUGGAAUUACAGGAACAGAUUGGGCACCUGGAGGCUGAACGCACAGCCCAGGAUGGGCUAAGAGAGAAGAUUUCAGCUCUGGAAAGACAGCUAAAAGCCCUAUCCAGUAAUCACCGUGAAGCACUGCUGGACAAGGAGGGUGAGAUCUCUCUGCUGCUGGAGAAGCUGAGGAUGAAGGAGGCUGAGAUCUCCAGGAUGAGGGAAGAGGAGGCCCAGCGCGCAAGUUUCUUGCAGAAUGCCAUCAUGGCAUAUGUGCAGGGAUCUCCCUUGGGAACCCACACUUCUAGGAAAUGAGUGUGGCUUAAUGGAUCCAAAUACCUGCUGUCAGGGAAAGAGUGAGCAACUCAGGUACAACUCCUUCUUAAAUCGGACAAGUUUUGUCAGAGUGGGGUGACACAAAGGCUCGGAAACAGACAAAGACUCUUACUGUUCAGAAAUCUUACUCCUGAUGGCAUAAGGGAGAGGCGGAAACAACCAUCCAGGCCUGUGGGUCCGAGUCCCCGAUGUGGAGCCCCCUCCCCUGCACUGCCGCAGCCUAUUGGUACAGCGAGUUACUGUUACUGGGGAAGCUUGUAUGUUCCCUGGCAGGGUCCUGCCACAGCAUUUGUUGGGAUGCCAGGACUGUUCACAGAGAAACAUGAGAAAAAGCUGCAGGAGUGUUUACAGUUCCCUAUGGGCCGGAGCAAUUUGCCUUGCUAGUGGGAUCUUGCAACUGCUGGAAACGCCAGAUAUUACCCACCUGUGCUUUUUUUUACACAGUGUUUACAGACAGAAGCAGAGUCUGAUGGGGCCCUCUCUGGCCUGUUUACCCACCUGCUGUGGCUCUGGCUGUAUUGGUGGGCAGUAGAUACACAUUCCAAAUGGACAGAGACAGCUGUACCCAGGGGCUUCGGGUGCAGUGCUGUCCAUGUCCCUGUGGGACAGCUGGGCUUGGGCAGUGGUUCUACUUCUGCGACGAGAGGCAGGGAAAGGGUGAGAGGAUGAUUGGCUAUUAACAUCUGUGCUUCUUCACUGUGAACUGCAGCCCUUAACUGUAGGUGUUGUGGCCAGUAUUGCUACAGGAUUUAGUUUCACUAAUACAAAUGGCAAAACUGUUCUCCUGAGGCUCAGGCUCCUAGAACUGAGUGCCGUGGCCUUAACCUGGAGAGGAGCGAUGCUUCUGGUGUGACACCAGGGAGUUGCUUCUCAGAGCACAAAGGGGAGGAGGUGGUUCCUCUCCUGACAGCACAAGUCCUUGCAUGACCUGGAGAAAAGGAAGCGGGGUUACGAGAGUCUGAAUAGGAGAAAGCAAGACCUGUUGUCAGGUCAGCCAUACUGAGCCCUGAGGGAGCUCUUCCUGUGAGUCUGGGGUGGGAACAUAUCUUGGAGUACAUAUUUUAAGAGACGCCUGGCAGAUGAAAGUCUCUGUGUAGACUGCUUGCUUUGUGCUCAUGAUUUUUAUAUUGGGUUUUGCUCUGCUUAAUAAAGAACUUUUGCAUUUUGCCAUUAACACUG